AUGAGCUUUUCAAGAAACGCUUUUAGUGCGUUAGUCGGUGUUGGUACCGUGUCGUACUUUUGGGGGAAAUCUAGUGCACUAUCUGGCGGAAACUCUGGUACCUCAUUCCCGGGAUCCACUGGUAGUAGCAAUAACAUUCCAUCAGAUCCCAGUUCCUCAAACCAAGCUGGUCGCGUCUCGUUAGUUGGAAGUAACGUUGAUCCUGGUGCAUUCUUCAAGUACGGAUUCCCUGGGCCAAUUCAUGAUCUGGAAACAAGACAAGAGUUCAUCUCGUGCUAUGAUAGGAGAACAAGGAACCCAUACUGGGUACUUGAGCACAUUACACCAGAAUCCUUAAAGACAAAGGGUGCUGAUAGGAAGAACUCUAUAUUCAAGGAAGACGAGCAGAUUCCAGAGAUGUUCCGCGGUCGACUAAAGGAUUAUUUCAGAUCCGGUUACGAUAGAGGACAUCAAGCCCCUGCGGCGAACGCGAAGUUCUCCCAACAGGCAAUGGACGAUACUUUCUAUUUGACUAAUAUGUGCCCUCAAGUGGGUGAAGGUUUCAAUAGAGAUUACUGGGCACAUUUGGAGUAUUUCUGCAGACAAUUAGUCGAUAAAUACAACAGUGUUCGAAUUAUGACAGGUCCCUUAUACUUGCCGAAGCGAGACCCCAAAGACGGUAAGUUCAAAGUCACAUACGAGAUGAUUGGAAAUCCACCUAACAUUGCAGUCCCAACGCAUUUUUUCAAGUUGGUCGUGGCUGAAAGACCUAAGCAGCUUGGAAAUGGUCGUGAUGAUGAGCUGCACGUUGCCGCAUUUGUCUUACCAAAUGCUCCUAUUUCGAACUCUACAACAUUAAUAGAGUUUGAAGUACCCGUCAAUGCAUUAGAAAGGAGUUCCGGCCUGCAGCUGUUGCAGAAUGUUCCAAAGGAGAAGAAGAAGGAGUUGUGUAAACAAGUGCGGUGCGAAAUAACUGUAAGAGAGUUUAAUAAUACUGUUUUAGCAUUGCCUGGGAAGUAA